UGCUCUAUUCAACAAAGCGAGUAAGGACUAAGAACAAGCAACAACGUCAUCGAGUGUCUUGUCAUUUCACUCGAUUUGUGAGCGUGGUGGAACAUCUGUGAGACUAUGUCUGAGUCAUCUGAGAUCUGACAGCUAAAUGACAAUAUUCUAGCUAACGAUUGCAUGUGCAAUGUGUCAGAAUCUAUAGCUGUGCGAGUGGAUGUCAGAAUGGAUCUCAAUUUUGAGAUAAUUGACGUUUAUAAAGGGAAAUGAACCACUGGUUAAACCAGCCAUCACAUUCAUACUAUCUUAACUUCGUUUUUCUGUUUUGUAUCUGAAUCAUAGAAGAUAGAACAGGAGGAGAAAAAAAGCACCAGAAGAAAUUUAACUCAAGUUCCUCUCAAUGACUUUGACUCCCCUGAAAGUUAGUCCUGCCAAGCAAAAUGGAGCCUGAGGAGGUUGUUUCAACUCCACACAAUUCUGGAAACUGAAUAGGGAAGAUAAAAGUUCCCUUCUGCAGAGGCGAUAGCAGAAACCGAAAUUACUGAAAUGGACAUUUUAUGAAACUGGUAUUAGAGAAUGCAGUCUCUUGCUAGUAUUGACUGUAUGACUCAACUGCUCAGGCGAAUGGAUGGUAGCCUCAAGCCCUCAACAUUCAAAAUUCGCCACGUUAUCGAUACAGACACUGAUGUGAUAGCCGAGUCCGCCACAACAGCAGCGAAUCGUUGGCGACAGUCGAGUCCCAUUCGUUCACCCUGGGACGUAAAGCAGCGAUUGAGGCUAUUGUGGAGAGGUUUUUUCUCUCAGGUGAUUAAUGUCCAGCUUAACAAAAUGGGUGACGUUGGCGGAAGCAGCCCUCAACAGCCAGGAGCGCCGGAUAGCGGAGGCGAUAACUAAGAUCGAGAACGAACUGGUAAUCGUCUCUGGCUCUCGGCCAUUGUGGAAAGUGUCACCAGUUUCUAUUCCCCUGCACGGAAUCCAUACUUCUGAUUCGGCCGAUGCAACUCUCUAGUUUUAUUCGAG